UCUGUACGGACAUCUUCCUUCCAUCUGUCCAGCACACACACAGACACACACAGACACACACAGACACACACAGACACACACAGGCAGCACAGAGGUCAACACACACACAGACACACACCUGGCGUCUGAAGUCAUGUCAGGAACACAGAGAACACUCACUCAAAAUCCUCUGGAGAAAAUCUGGGUUCCAUCAUUGAAAAGCAGACUGAGUCAACGCAGGGGCUCGUCGGUGCCCCAGUUCACCAACUCUCCAACCAUGAUCGUGAUGGUGGGACUCCCGGCUCGAGGGAAGACCUACAUCUCCAAGAAGCUCACCAGAUACCUGAACUGGAUCGGAGUCACCACCAAAGUGUUCAACGUGGGCCAGUAUCGUAGAGAUGCUACUCGCUCCUACAACAGCUUCGAGUUCUUCAGACCAGACAACGCUGAGGCCAUGAAGAUACGCAAAGCCUGUGCCGUCGCUGCCCUGAAGGAUGUGUGUGAUUAUUUCACCAGGGGUCAGGGGCAGGUCGUGGUUUUCGAUGCCACCAACACGACCCAGGAGCGGAGAGAGGUCAUCCUCAGCUUCGCCAAAGAAAACGGUUACAAGGUUUUCUUUGUAGAGUCGAUAUGUGACGAUCUAGACAUCAUUGCUGCGAAUAUUAAACAAGUGAAGCUGAGCAGUCCGGACUACGUAGACUGUGACAAAGAAGAAGCCGUGGCCGACUUCCUGAAGAGGAUCGAAUGUUACAAGUUGACGUAUCUGCCUCUGGACGACGACAGGGACAGGAAUCUGUCGUACAUUAAGAUCUUCAACGUGGGCAGCAGGUACCUGGUGAACCGGGUCCAGGACCACAUUCAGAGCCGGAUCGUCUACUACCUCAUGAACAUCCACGUCACCCCGAGAUCCAUCUACCUGUGUCGCCACGGCGAGAGCGAGCUGAACCUCGUGGGUCGGAUCGGGGGGGACUCCGGGCUGUCCCCCCGGGGGGCAAAGUUUGCCAGUGCUCUGGGUGCAUACUUGCAAGGCCAGUGCAUCAGUGACCUGAAGGUGUGGACCAGUCACAUGAAGAGGACCAUCCAGACGGCCGAGGCGCUGGGAGUCCAGUACGAGCAGUGGAAGGCCCUGAACGAGAUCGAUGCUGGUGUGUGUGAGGAGAUGACCUAUGAGGCCAUUCAGGAGAAUUACCCAGAGGAGUUUGCACUGAGGGACCAAGACAAGUAUCGCUACCGCUACCCGAAGGGAGAGUCGUACGAGGACCUGGUCCAGCGCCUGGAGCCGGUCAUCAUGGAGCUGGAGAGGCAGGAGAACGUCCUGGUCAUCUGUCACCAGGCGGUUAUGAGAUGUCUGCUCGCCUACUUCCUGGACAAGAGCGCCAGUGAGCUUCCGUACCUGAAGUGUCCUCUGCACACGGUUCUGAAACUCACGCCCGUCGCCUACGGUUGUAAAGUGGAAUCCGUCUUCCUCCACAUUGAAGCUGUCAACACACACAGAGACAAGCCCGAGAAUGUGGACGUGGACCGAGACCCAGCGGAGGCGUUGGAGACGGUGCCAGACCACAUCUAGAGGAAUCAGACCAGCGAGUUUCAGCUCCACCCACCCUGAUGGACGGAGCUGGUUCAAGCUCCACCCACCCUGAUGGACCGAGGCCUUAUUUUUAAUUGAAGUAAUUAUAGUAAUUGUUAUUUAUGUGUAAAACUCCUCGAUAAUGAGAGUGAGACAUUUCUCAGCCUAUUUCCAUUGUAAAUGCACUUUAUUUAUAAUGUAGGGCUCAGGCCAAAUGUCGACAGGAAGAGGAAGCUUAGCUUAAACACGAGAAGCGGGAAACGGCUAGCUACGCUGUGUUGAAGGCUAGUUAAAGCUAGUUAAAGCUAGCUGGUUAAAUUAAGCUAAACAUUUAACAGGCUGUGUCUGAUUAACGCCUCCAAAGAGAAAACUAAACCACGAGUUUUUGUUUCCUUCCGACAGCGGCUAGCAGUUUCCCCCUUCACUUGGUCUUUAUGCUAAGCUAAUCAUCUAGUUUAUCACCUCACCUUUAGCACACAGACAUAAGUGGUAUCGACGACACCAUGAUGUGCCUCACGUAAUUUAAAAGAUACACAACUCUAUGCACCCGACAGGCAGACACACACCAGGUGUAGUGUGUUUGUGUUGUUGUAUGUUUUUAAUGGACCUCAGUCAUUUUAAUAAGUAGCACAAGGGGAUCUGGUGCAAUAUUAAUAAUUGUGGUGCAACUUGUCAGUUUUUAAGAUAUGAACAUAAUUCUGAAGUGACUGUGAAACCUUGAAACCACAUGGACAAUGUUCUGGGGUCCGUGUGACCGAGGGGACGGCCCCUGGUUCCCUGAGGGUCACACCAGUGAUCACAGGGAACCAGUUCUCAUGAAGCUGCUUAACUGGGUCUGACUCUCUGGUCCACAUCACCAGAGACCCAACAGCGACACCUGGUGACAAAUCUGGGUACUGCAGUAGUAAAAAGAUAGAGCUGUAUGCUGAUGUAGAAACUGUACAAGUAAUAAUCCAUACAAUAAAAACUAUAAACAUUGUAAUUAUUAUUACAAGCAAAAUUAGACAGUCAAAUAUUCAUGAAAAUGUGAUUUACCACAUUACAAUUUAACAUGCAUCUAUAUUAAUUGUCCACUAGGCUGUUGGUGGUAAAAUAAUGUUAUAAACCUCUAAAAAUUUGGUAACAAGGAUAACAAAGAUCAUCUUCGUCAGGAGAGAUAAAUAACUGAGUUCAAAAAGGUCUUCAGCUUUAUGGCCGAGCGGUGACACGUCUCUACAGCCGUUAGUUUGUGGGUCAGAGGCGGCACAGUUUUGAUCUCACGUUAAAGUGCGUCAGCUUCAUAUCACUACAACACUUCAGACCAAAGAGAGUUGAAGUCCAAACUGGCCCCAGGUCUGUGCUUCUCGUAGCUGGAGCUUCUUACAGCUCGUUUGUGUGACCUGAGGGAUCAAGAGAAACGAGUCUUCUCCUCAGAAGAUCCUCGUUUAAAAAGAACUUGGAUGCCAGAACAUGACUGUGUAAAUAAACGUACUUCUUCCCACACAAUGUGACGAGUGUCAGAGAUUUAACCUCAAGUCUUUUAAAAACCUGUUCAGUUGUAGAAGUGUCACAGCAGUGAAGCUCCGUCGUACUCCUGUGAUGAACGCCGUCCUUGUCACAUGUGUGUGAGUGAAAAGACCAAGUCAAUCAAUGCAAAUCACUGAUGUUGAAUCUUGUAAAAAGAUUUUAUUAUCUGAACUUGAACUUGAACUGUAACGUCCAGGCAAUAAACUGAGAAUGGAAACCUGAA